GCGGUUUUAACCUUGUUUAUUCUUGUUUGCUAUGUUUAUUCUGGAUAUUUUAUAUUCUUCUGUAAGUGUUUAUGUUAUAAUGUUAUGGUUUGUGCAUUCAUAAAAGUGUCACGAAAGAAGAAAAUAUCAUGGUUAAUAAAUUAGUUUUUAUAUCAUAAAAUGAAGAGUUAUAAUUUAAGAGUUAAAAAGCAACAAACUUUAGAAACAAAACGAGUGCCUUUAAAAGAUUAUACUAAUGUUAUUAGUGCAAGAAGUAGAGGAAAUGUGAGUAAAACAGCCGAAAAAGAUAAUUCUUGUAGUCAGUGUUACAUGAGAAGAAGAAAAUCUGGGAAAAAUCAUUACCAAAGUCAGACUAAACAAGUUUUAGAUGAUAUAAGGCAAAGAAAGUGCCAAGUUGUUUUAGAUAAAGAUAAAUCAAUUGAAAAUAAAAUUAUUAAGAUGAUUGGUAACAAAACUAUACAAAAAGAUGAUAAGAAUGAAAAAAAUUAUGGAAAUUUAUGUUCUGAUACUACUAAAGAUACUCAACAAAGAGUUCAUGCUCCCAAACCAUGUCAAGUUAUAUUAAAGAGAGACAAAUCAAUUGAAAGAAAUGUAAUAAAAACGUUUGGUAUUAAAAUUAUGCAAGAAGAUGAUAAUGUAACGAAUAAAAAUAGGAAUAAAAUGAUGGGUUCUUCCAAUACCAAUAAAUUUAUUCAAAAAAGUGUUGAGACAUUAAAUGAACCAAAAGAGAACAAGAAAAAUAGAAAUUUGAGACAAACUAAUCUUUCAGAUUUUCCCACAAAAAGACAAAAAGGUGAUUUUAAACAGAAGGUAGGUUCUUCUGAUAAUAAAGGUGUUCAUAGAAAUUUACGUAAAAGAAAUAGUAAACAAAACUUUGCUGAGGAAUCAUUAAAGGAAUUGCAAGAUGAACCAAAAUCAACUAAUGAUAAUAGUAUAGAUAAAAGGCCAAUUUAUAGACGAAUGUCUCAAUUUAAAGAACCAAAAGGGAAAAAGAAAAAUGAUGUUUAUGCCUUUGAUUUUUCAUUGGAAAAUGAUACUAAAUCACCAAGUAAACGAAAAAAGAAGAAAGGGCAUUCCUUAAACACAAGUUUACCUUUUGAAAGAUAUAUGAAAGAAAUGGUUAGAAAGUUAGAUGAGAAACAUGACAAAGAAAUGGGUAAAAAUAAAAAAGGAAAUGUUAAAAAAGCUGAGAUUAAUAAUAAACCUAAGGUUAAAAUUAAUCGAAAGGAUAAGAAAAUAAAAAAUGUUAAAAAUAAAAAUAUAACCACAGAAAUUGUUUUAUCCAAUUUAUCAAAUAACCAAAAAGAAAGUGCAAAAUCACCUGAAAUAGAUAAAAUUAAAAUCAUUUCAAGUAUAAAAAUAGUUCCUUUGAUAUCAAAAAACAUUGGAAAUGAAAAACAGUUUACAUCAACACCUUUACAUGAAAGAUAUUCUUCUCCAAAUAUUUUUGAAUCCGAAAAUAAUGAAGAAUAUGAACCAACAACUGAUUUUGAUCAGAUUUCGUUAAAUAAAACGCCAAAUAUAAAUCGUUUUCAACAGUUAAAUACUCCAAUGUCUCCAAUUGUUGAUAAAACAAAUAGUGUUGAAGCCAGUCCAUGGAGAUUUAACGUAGAAGUAAGAAGAAAUCCACAUUUUCUUCAAUACAAACGAUCACUUCUACCGAAUUAUAAUCAAGACAUGGUUCUUGAUAGUACUUUAAUUGAAAAACGAUCCUUUUCUAAAUCAACGAGUGAUUUUAAUGUUAGACCAAUUCCAAAACAAACUAGUAUUUUAAAAUACGUUUCUGGUGGAAAAAAUCUUGAAAAUUUUGAUUCAAUGAAUUCAAUGCAUCAUUCGAGUUUAUUUGAUGCACACGAUUUUAUUAGUCCAGAAAGAAAAAGAAGUUUGGAAAAUAAAGAGAAUAAAAUUAUUGGAAAAAAUGUUAAUGUUGCUAAAAGAAAUAUUUUUGAUAUUUCAAAUAAUUCGAAUAGUUUUGAAGAAAAUAUUAAUUUUGUAACAAAAAGGCUUCCAAAAAGAAACAUACUUGGUCCUAAAAUAGACAACGAAAAAAAUAUAAAUAACAUCUCAGAAAUUGAUGGUGAAGAAAACUUAAAUGAAUCAUCUCUAAACUCCUCCUCUUCUCAAUCAAAAUCCGAUUUCUUUGGUUUUAAUGUUUCCGAAAUUACGCAUCAAUCUAAUCAAAAUACACCCCGGAGAAUGGAAGAUAUUAUUAAAAAACUUAUUAAAGAAAAAAAGAAAGUUUGUUUUGUAGUAAAUGAGACUAAAAAGAAUAAAAUAUCGUCCGACAUAGAGGUGGAUGAUGAUAAUGCAGAAAAGAAAUUGGAAGAAAUUGGAUUUUUUGACUAUCAGGAUAAAGAGCCUGAAAGAAAUUUCGAUUUGGAUAUGAUUAAACAAUAUAAACGUAGACAUGGAAAACGGCGAAGAUCUCCUUCACGUUCCGGUACAGAAUCCGAAGAUGAUGAGGAAUGUACGCGGAAGAGGAGAAAAAAGAAAAAUGAACGAACUAAAGCAGAAGAAGCUGCAGCUGAAAAAUGGUAUUCAGAAUUCAAUAAAAUGUGUGACGAGGUUGAUAAAUUCCCAUUGGAAAUCGAAAAAGUCAAAUAGGUUUUAUUUUUUAAAAAAUAUACAUAUUCUUUUAUAAAUAUUACUUUUAAGGAGUGAACUUUUAAAUAACCGAAUUAUGACGAUAAUGACUUUUUAUUGGGUUAUGUUCUUAUUACUGAAUAUUUUUAAGUUAUAUUUCUUGCACAUUGGUUUAUUUUAAACAUAGAAUUGUAUAUUAUUUUAAUUAAUAUAAAAAACGGGUUGAAAUUGUAAUUUCGUAUUAUUUGUCUUUUAUACAUAUUGUAUAGAUAAUAAUAUUAAACAUUCAAGUAUCAUAUACACAUAAUUGUUAUUAAUUCAUUUUGUAAAAAUUGUAGAAUCUUUUAAAACCUUUGGAACAUAUUAAUGUUCUUGAUUAAUUAAAAUGAGUCAUUUCUAAUUUGCAACCUAACCCAAAAAAAAAUAUUUUUAAAUAAUCCUAACUCGGUUAUUUUUAUAAAUAAACCCUACAUGUUUGAGUGAUUAUUUUUUUAUAAUAUGUAUUUGAAAUGCUUUACUUAUCUUUUAAUGUUUUGUAUUAUAAUGAGUGUGUACAUUUAGUUCAGAUUUAUUAACAUCUAUUUAAGUACAAAUAUAUAUAUUUGAAAAAAAUUCUUUAAUUUUUUAAAAUUAUCAUCAUUAAAAAGAAUUGCUGGCUGGUUAUUAUAACAACAAUUUAAAAUUUCUCUUUCACGCUUCUCAGCAUUUGCAAUGUCAAGUUCUGCCGCAUUGAAAGACAUUGAACCCUCCUCAACUUGGCGAACGUAAAGCAAGCGUUCAAGAAGCCAACCGAGCUUCUCAUUUUAACAUAGAACAAGAAGCGUUACCCGCGGUAUCCGUGACACUCACCGCUUCUCUAUCGUAUUUCUACUACUAUAUCAUUUUGUUCGUGUUGGCUGGUGAAAGUGAUAUUCACCACAUUUAACGAACCAACCAUAUACGUUAUUCGUUUACCCAGAUUUCAAAUGUCGACCUCGAAUCAUUGGCAAACCGAAAAAUUAUAACCGAUUUUCUUUCUUUUUUUAAUAGCUGAUGGGUUGGAAAGUUUUUCACACGUGCCAUCUGUUACAAUUCUUCAUUUAAUAAUGGUUAACAAUUUUUAAAUAAAAACGGUUUUAUAUUCUUGUUUUGAUAUAAAUUUAAGUAUAAAUUCUAUAAAUAUCCACAUAGUUGUGUUUCGAUUUGUUAAUAAACCAAUCACUUUGUUUGAAGGCCACCUUUUGGUGGUGUUCCACUUCUCGUGGCUUCCGUUCUAUGGCCCCAAUCUUGUUUGGAACGGUCGAACAACCUCGAAACUUGGGUGUUAAAGUUGUUAUCGUACAAACGAUUCACUUCAUUUUCUUCUAUUUAUAUACAUCAUUUACAAAUAGGUAAUUAUAAGUAUAAUUAUCAUAUUAGAUUUCACGCGCAGUUCCAG